CCCGCCAGCCAAAAAAAAUUCAGCCUGAGCUCGAAGCUUAUGGGUCAUAUUUUUUUAACCUCUCAUUAUGACAUCGUCGAACGAAGGAUCCGAUUUGUUCAUAAGCUAUGAGCAAGACUUUAGCACAAUUUGCGAUACCAUUCGCAGCAAGAUAGAGAAACAGAUACCUAACCAAAGUGGAGAGCAGCGCAAGGCUACCGUACGUGCCGCUGAAAGAGAAAUUGACGAAGCUGAUGAAAUUAUUGCCCAAAUGGAGAUGGAGAUCCUCAAUAUCCCGACCGCCUCUCGCACACGUCUCCAAACCAAGUUGAGACUAUUCAAGUCAGAAUUUGAAAAGACCAAAAGAGAUUUGCGACGUGCAACCGCUCAAAUGCCGUCUUCUUCUAACAGGGAAGAGUUAUUCGGUGGUUUGGAAUCUGGUGAUGGAGAUUUGGAUGCUUCUACUGUUGAUCAACGUUCAAGAUUGCUCACUGGAACUGAUAGAUUGGGUGAAUCUAGCAGAAGAUUGCAAGAUAGUCAUCGAUUGGCGUUGGAGACCGAAAACGUGGGCAUUAAUAUCUUGGGCACAUUGAAGGGUCAGAGAGAGACUAUCCUCCGAUCAAGAGAUACGUUGACGGAAGCUGACUCCCAUAUUGAUAAAGCAAGCAAGACUCUGAAGGGCAUGGCUCGUCGGUAAGUAAACACCGCAGUUGACGAGGUAGUUUAUCAAAGAAUACCCACACGUUGCUAACUUCUUGACGUCAGCAUGGCCACCAACAAAAUGAUUACAGUUGCCAUCAUCCUUGUUCU